GUCUGAGUGAUUGACGCAGCUCGGAGGACACACACCAGCAUCAGAGUUCAACCGUUACGUUGUGACGUCGUGCGCAGAUUGAACAAACUGAGGGGACGGAACGAAAGAAACCGGCGGCAGACAGGCAGAAAGAAAGAAAAAGAGAAUUAAAUAUUACAGAUAAAUUAAUUUAUUGUUUUUACUCGUUGAAUAUACCGGAGACCGAAAAUAAAAGAAAUUAAAGAAGAUGGCAGUGAACGUAUAUUCAACUUCUGUUACCAGUGAUAAUUUGAGUCGACAUGACAUGUUGGCAUGGAUAAACGAAUCUCUACAAAUGAACCUUACUAAGAUUGAGUUGCUCUGUUCAGGCUCUGUAUACUGCCAGUUCAUGGACAUGCUUUUCCCAGGCUGUAUGCCAAUGAAGAAAGUGAAAUUUCAAGCCAAACUGGAACACGAAUUCAUCCACAAUUAUAAACUUUUACAAGCAAGCUUCAAGAGAAUGGGUGUUGACAAAAUUAUCCCUGUGGACAAAUUAAUAAAAGGAAAAUUCCAAGACAACUUUGAAUUUGUUCAGUGGUUCAAGAAAUUCUUUGAUGCCAACUACGAUGGGAAAGAUUAUGACCCAGUUGGUGCCAGACAAGGUCAGGAGACUGCACCCUCACUCAAUACUUCCACGUCUGCCCUGAACAAACCCAAGAAAAUCCCCAUCACAGGGGGAACAGAUUUAAGACCCACUUCAGAGUUGGAUCCCUUAAGAAAACCAGCAGCAAAAAUUGCCCCUCAGAGGACCACAGCGGUGGCAAAGACAGCACCUGCCCCUAAAGUCGGGGCAGGGGCAGGAGCAGCCAGGAGACCAGGGCCAACAGGAAACUGUGAUGAAGAAAAGACUGAGCUUAUUCAGGAGGUUAACUUACUAAAAAUCACAAUUGAAGAUAUGGAGAAGGAGCGAGAUUUUUACUUUGGCAAACUGAGGAAUAUUGAACUUAUCUGCCAAGAGAAAGAAGGGGAAAGUGACCCAACAUUACAAAAGAUUGUUGACAUCCUGUAUGCUACAGAUGCUGUGUCCAAUUGCCUGGAGUCAGAGACGGCUACAAGCAAUUGAGAGAUGUACAAAGUAUAUGCUGGGGAGGGCUUUGUGAUACCAGAUGGCGAAUCACCACAGGAGCAAGAGGAAUACUAACAUUCCACACUUGAUGCGACUUCUAGAUCACCUGUACCCCCACCAGAUCAUGUUAUGCAUUUGGUUCUGAACAAACUUUAUAUAAAAAUAUUUGUGUAAGCAAAAACAAAAUCCAAUUUCAAGUACCUCCUUUCUUAAAACUUGCACUUUGCAAAGUUCUUUAUCCUUGACCUGAAUAAACAUGGAAAUCUGAUGACUGCGGAGCUGUAUUGUUUCCAGCGGAGUAAAAUGACACAGAAAUGUCAGUCUUCAGAAUGUAUUUCCUCAUUUUCUUUUCUAUGGGGUGGGAUGGGGGAAGAGACACACAAAGGUGUGCAGCACCUUCUUUGUUGUAUUUGUUUGUUUUUUACUUAUAAGCUUGUGAUCUGCCACCUCUUUAUGUAGUUUAAAACAAGCACAUCUUCUGAAUAUUGUGCUGGUUUAUGGAUUGCUGGUAAUUUCAGAUGUUACAGAUAUGUAAGAUUUGAUAUUUUUACCGUUAUAAGCAAUUUGCAUAUAGUAGAAUAUUAUUGGGGGUGGGCAGGUGGAAGAGACAGUGCUUGUGCUCAUAACUGAUCACUCCCACACAAUAGAAAGAAUGUUUAAAAAAUAAAUACAAAUGGUGACCAUUUAUGAGGGUCAAUUUUGAGGGUUACUGAAUCGACAAUAGUGUUGAAAUGUGACUUCAGGCAUUGCACAGUUCAAGUAACUCGCAGAAGGAAUUAUACUGUACCCCAUGAAGCCUGCAGAGUGCUGUUAUUUUUUGUCUUGUAUUUGCACCCUGGAAAAAAAUGAACUUGAGUGUAACGGAUGCACUGUCGUUUUUUUUUUUUUUUCUCAGUGUUUCAAUUUGAUUUUGGCUUAUGAUGAGAAUCCCCAUAAAAAUGAAUGAAUAAAUCAAAAAUACCUUUUAAUUCUCUUCAGUACAGGGGAAGUAAAAGUGUUUAUAUUAUCACAGUCACCUGCUGACAUUUUAAUUUAAAUGUUGAGCCUGAAUCCUAAAAUUCGCAGUAAAAACUACAAUCUCUCUUUUAGAAAUUGCACCUUCCUGUAGUGCAAUUGCUUUAACAUCCUUGCUAUUAAUGAUACAUUUGCCUCAGAGAGAAGUAUUUGGCUAUUUAUUAAAAUUCGUAGUACAGUAGAAUUGAUCAUGUCAGGACUUUUUAGCCAAACACUUAUGAUUGGGGAUGGGGUUAGGGAUUCCAUUGAUGUAAAAAGAAAAAAAAAGGUGUUGUAUAAUUUAAUGACUGCCGUCAGUUGGCUUUUUAAUAGUUGUAUAUGUGCCAAUAUCUCUCCGGCCUUGUCUUGUUCUAGGUCCAUUUUAGGUUUGCUUGCAUUUAAAUAUAAGUUUGUUACGUUUUUUGGAAAUGUUUUGUGAUGGUGGAAUAUGGAAAGACUCUAACCGAAUUUUAGAAGUUGCCAAAAAACGUACAGUAACUAGCCAUUGUUGGACGACAAACUACAGUGGUGCUAUCUCAAAAUUCUCUGGUGGCCUUUUACAGUUUGUUGCCCUAAGAUUCCUGUACACUGUGGACUAAACACCACUAUUGGUCUUUUUCUGCAGGGCGUUUUUUAUUUACUGAAGUCGGUUUCUUACUAACAAUAAAGUUCUGUAUUUCCAAACUG